CAGGAGCAAACUAAAUACCCCAUAGGACAGGUUUAACAUAUGAUUGUGGCAUAAACAUCUUUCAUGUGAAGGGAACUUAGGCGCUGUCCAUGUGACCGAUGUCUGUUUGCCUUCGCUGCUAACAUAUUUAGGACUGAAGAAGGUAUGUAAACAAGCACUACCAGAAUGGCAAUAGAGAAGCCCAUAAGGUCUAGUGCUUGCAAAGUUCUUCGUCCCUAAGAAACCAUUUAAUCAUUAUCGAUGCGGUAAGUAGGAAGGGUCGGCUGCCAUGGAGGAGGAAGCACAGAAGCGGUAUACAGACUGCGUUUAUUUCUUAGCAUCCCCUUUGACCUGCAAGAAGGGAAUUGAAUGUGAAUAUCGACACAGUGAAAAUGCAAGGAUCAAUCCAAGGCAUUGCUGGUACUGGCUUAAUGGGAAUUGUCUGAAUCCACAUUGUGCAUUUAGACAUCCACCACUUGAAGUUCAUUCACCAGGGUCAGUGAAUGAGUCAUCACCAGCAUCUGGGAACACAAGCAAGACUAGAGUUCCUUGCUAUUUUUUUUUCCAGGGAUACUGUGUGAAGGGUGAUAAAUGCUCUUAUAUGCAUGGUACACCUUUUGGAGGCAAUUCAGGUGUUUCAGCUUCACAAAAGACCACAAAGGUGAAUGGUACAGGCACAGAACCUCAAUCAGUGGAAAAGAAAGAUACCAAUGGAUCUGAUAAUGCCACGGCUAAACUUGCACCUGUAAGAAGCACAACUACAGAAGGGCAGUUGCCAACUGAGCCUAAAUGUAUUUCAGAAGUUGGACCUCCACUUUAUAACGAAAAUACAGAUCAGCACACUCCAGAACUUUCUUUGCCUGACCUUGAAUAUCCGCUUGAAAGUUUACCAGAAGAUCCUCCAGUUAAUGACAUUAAUUUUGGCACAAGGUCUGAGAUUCACCAGGACCAGCCUACAGAUGACUGGCUGGAAAACGAUAUGGAGAGUGACGAGUGGUUGGAGGAGUCAUCACCUGGAUUUGAUGUAUUGGUAGAUGAUGGACCUGAGCAGCUUGGUUACCAGGAUGAUGGUGAUUACCUCUCAAACUUUGAUAUGGAGCCAGGAAGAGAACCAUUUCUUCUUCGAGAAAGACUAAUACCAGCAACAGAUGAAUUGGCACAGUUUGAUUAUGAAGGCAUGCACGAAGAGUUGGGUUAUUUUGAAGGUGGAAGCCAGUUUGCUCACAUGACAUAUGAUCAAUGUGAAGAACUGGCCCAUGAACGUUCUUAUGGUCAUGUUAACCAGCAUAAGCGGAAGAGUUUUGAAGACAGAGAUCUGGAUGUGGCAGUUUUGUCUGAAAGGAGAGGUUUGCCUAUAGAAAAGUAUUCUUGUAGGAUUGAAAAGGCAGAUCUGCGUCACCGUCUCGGUAAGUACAGGAGGGCUGAUAGAACACAAAUAGGUUGCAAAUUCCCAAGGAGAUCACAUUCAGGUGGUAGGGCUGCUGAUUUUCAUCAUGGGUGCAGGCAACAGGGCAAUGAACAAAUAUAUCCUGAUACAGUUGCUGUGCGCCAUCAAGGUUCAAGAAGUAAAAAUGUGCGAACACGCUUCAGGAUGCUGUCAGCCAUUGACAGUUUCCCUAGAGAGUCAUUCAAUAAUACAGAACCUGACUUUGAACAAAGUCCUGAAAAUUUUCUGUCAAGAAGCUCAGUAGCCAGGCAAGGUUCAAUUGAGCACUUUAGGGGCGGACAUAAGGAAAAGGAUAGAGGUAGGAUUCAUGUGGGUGCUGGUGCCCAGUUAGAAUCAAGUGGCUUCAGAAAACAUGCCACCAAAAUUGAUCUAGGAAAGAAUGAUACGGAUUUUGCCAGGCCAAAAACUCUUGAACAAAUAAAGGAAGCGAAGAGAAAGGCAGCUUUGCUGAAUAAUGGACCUAAAAUUUGUGACGCUAAUGAUGAAAGACAAAAUUCUGAACAAUCUGCAGUAUGUGGUUCACAAUUUGUUGCUUUGAAGAGUCAAGUUGGAAAUAAUCUUCCAGGUGAGGAAAGGAAAAUAAACUUGGGCAAAGUAAUUGUCAAUGAAUCAAUUAAGUUACAAUCAUUUGAGGGUCCAAAGCCUUUAAGUGCUCUUCUCAAAGCAAAGCAAAAGUCGAGUGAUAGUCCUGCAGGAAAAUUGCUUUCAAAAGGUAAAGGAGAAUUCAGUCAGAAAUCAGAGUUGAAUGGAAACUCCAAAACUUCAGAAAUAGGUGGGAAGUCAACUGUUCUGUCAUUGCAUUCCCAAAAAGAGGAGGAAGAAGGGGGUUUUGAGCAGGGGCGGAAAGAGACAUGUGCACCGAUUUCGGAUGUUUUGGAGAAUAAAUCUUCCUGUCUCUCUACGAAGUUUGAAUUAGGCAACUCGCCAUUCCAGAGUAGUGGAGUGCCAGUGAUUACAGAGAAUGAUAGAAGGGAAAAUUUGAGUGUAAAUGUAGCAAUUAACAGCUUUACAGCUAAAGAAGAUACAUCCAUGCAGCCUCUUAAAAUUGAGAAUGGAAACAAGCGUUUUGACCAUAAGACAGAGCCAAAUGGAGAUGAUUUUGAUAUUGAGGACGACGAGGAUGAUGAUUUUGCUAAACAGCUUGGCGGCUUUUUUGCCUAAAAAGUUUGCUGAGUUACGAGAUGUUGCUUCUGUCUACCAAUCAAAAUAGCAAAUGUAACAAAAGAAGAGUUGGUCUUUCUUCUGCAGACACAUGGUGAGUCCUUUAUGAUUCUCUCAAUGAGCUUCAAAAUGAGGAAUGUAUAGAAUCAAUUGACCCAUUGAGUAUAGUUUACAAGCUAUCUCUUGGAGCUAUGUAACUUUUAAAGUUGUUGCCCUAGCAAUAUUGCUUUGGUUGAAGUAUUGGGGGCAGAAUGGUACUAGUGGUUUUUAGCAAUAAUCAAGCGUUCUCACCAAGUAUAGAGUUGCAAGAUGCGGAAACUCAUUAAUAGGUAUAAGUUCCUUAGUCACUUAUUCAUUAUUUUUAAGUCCAUGACCAUCACCUUUCAUGCUGUUGUCAAUCAUCAAUAUUUUUGUUUCUGCAGAAUAGAAAAUAUUUUACAUUUGGAGAUAAUUAGGAGAUAAUACGUGCCCCCAAAUUUUAGAGGGAUCAUUUCUUUUCUAUUUCCCCGACGUUUAGCUAAAUAAUACAUGACCACUACCUGUCAAUAACAUUAGAGGGCUGGUUUUGUACAUCUUGAGCCAGAAAUGCCUUUAGGCAAGAUUCCAUUGUUACAUUUUAUGCUAGUUUCCGAGACCGAGGUGGACUUUUGAAGAAUUACAUGAUUUUGCUUAUUGUUUUUACUGGAGAAUGCUAGAAUUUAGGUGAUUUCUGGCAUCACCAUCUACUUUGCCAGUGACUAGUCUAUGUUGACCAUUUUUUCGGUUGAUCAUUAAUUAUGUACCAUACAUAAUCAUGGGCCUUCAUGUAAUUUGUUAACACUCCUUUACUUUACCAACGAUUCAAUGUCAAAUAUCAUUGCUGGGGUUGCUGAUAAUGUCAGAUGAAUCUGGUGUUUGUUGCUUGGACCUAUAUACUUAUGCUUUCAUCUCACAUGGUCCCAUCACUAAAGUUUAUAUGGUAGCAUAACUGUCUGCUAGUGCAGCGAAUAAAAUCAUGGAUCAUUUUGAUGUUGGUA